UGCCACUUCUCGUUUCAGUCUCUGCGGGGACGACGGACCAGCAACAGCUCCGCGCCCGCCGUGCGUGUGAAAAACGUGCAAAGCGCGAACUUUUAACAACCCAGUUCAAAUUGUUUCCAAAAUUAUUGGGAAGCAUGUUAUUUUAAUAACACAAAUAGAUAUAUAACUGCCAUUCGAUUUAUCUAAUAAUGCGCCUGUACACUGCGUUUGCGAUCGUGGUUCUCGCGGUGUUUGCCGGAUUUACCGAUGGGCAGAAACGGAACUACUCCAGUUUACCGUGUCCGGACCAAUGCGUUUGCUUCCGUCGAACCAUCAGAUGCAUGCAAUUGAAUUUGGAAGAGGUGCCCAAGGUGUCAUCACAGACUACUUUACUAGAUUUACGCUUCAAUAAAAUCCGCAACAUCGAGCCGGGCACGUUCAAAGGAUUAAAACACAUCCGCAGCUUGCUUCUGAGCAACAAUCUAUUGACGACCCUGAAGGAUGGCGUAUUUGCCGGCUUGCCACAAUUGAAGCAUUUAUAUUUAUACAAGAACCGCAUCCGGACCAUCGAAGCGCAUGCUUUUCAAAAUCUGCCUCGAUUGGAACACUUAUAUUUAUACAAUAAUGAUUUGGAGGAAUUCAAAGUGGGAACCUUUUCAAAUUUGCCGUCCCUCGACAGAUUGUUUUUGUAUGAAAACAAAAUCAAGCAUAUUCCGCAUGGCGCUUUCGAAAAUCUUCCACAACUCACACGCCUACGCCUUGAUUCCAACGCACUGGUAUGCGAUUGUCGAAUCGCCUGGUUGGCAAACAUGAUUAACGAGCAGUCUAUGCUUGUCGCGGCUAAUUGCAAAUAUCCUAAUGAGAUGUACGGUAAGGCGUUGAAGGGAAUGGCUUCAUCCGACUUUCAUUGCAAAGCACCUGCUAUUAUGGAAGGACCCGAUGAUUUGGAAAUAUCUUUUGGUGGCGUAGCAGUAUUCAAAUGUCAUGCAGAAGGCGAUCCUUCUCCUCACAUUACCUGGAUGAAGGAUGACAACGAACUGCAGACCGAAGAUGACGAUCGUUUUCAGAUCGACGAAGACGGCAGCCUCAAAAUUAAGCACACCGUCGAGUCGGACUCUGGUGUCUAUGAGUGCAUGGCCAAGAAUAACGAUGGUGUAAUUAAGUCGCGACAGGCACGCAUGGUGGUGUUUCGACCAGAGAGCCGGGCCGCUGAAGAAACUAACGGUAAACCACAAUUUAUCCUCACGCCUCAGAGCGUCACCGCCCGCGAAGACACGUAUGAGGUGAAAUUGGACUGUAAGGCCUCGGGCACUCCAAAGCCGGAGAUUACUUGGUCGAAGAACGGCAUCACUUUAGACAUCAGAAGUAGGUAUUAUCAAGAUGAGGAGGGGAGUCUUACGAUACGUCCGUUGAGUCCAAGCGAUUAUGGUAUUUAUCGAUGUGAUGCUGCUAAUAAUCUAGGAAGAGUAUCAGCUACUGCUGAAAUAAUAAUUAAUUCAUUACCAAUUUUCACUGUACUGCCACAGUCACAGAACGUCGAUGCUGGAACAACUGUGCGUUUUGAAUGCGAUGCAAGUGGAUCGCCUCAGCCUGAAUUUGCAUGGUACCUUGGUAGCACCAAGCUGCGGAACGGAAACAAACAUAUAAUUCGAGAAAAUGGAAGGUUGUUAGAAAUUCCGAAUGUUCGUGAAUCCGAUAGCAAUGUCUACACCUGUCGCGUUAAAAACGAGUUGGGCAGGCGCACUGUCGAUGCGAAUUUAUCAGUAAAAGAAACACAAUACCGCGCGCCUACGCUGCUUUAUAAACCAUACAACGUCGAGGCUCUGGUUGGUGCCACUAUUGAGAUUCCAUGCAAAGGCGAAGGAAAACCUACGCCGAGCGUACAAUGGAGGAAAGACGGGGCAUCAUUACAAAGGACUGGUAGGUGGCGGGAGUCAAUAAACGGUAAUUUAUACAUCUACAACAUCGCUUUGGAAGACCAAGGCAGAUACGAGUGCACUGCCAUCAACGAAUACGGACGUGCGACUGCAUCUGGUUAUGUCAGCGUAAAAGAAGACUCGCAUACUAAACUGAACAUUGGCAACUUUGGUAGCGUGGGCGAUAAAUUUGUUAAAAUUGCUUUUGUCGAAGCUUCUCAAGAGGUGGAUAAAGCUAUUAACAAGACGUUACAGGAUAUCUUCGCGAACAAAAACCAUAAUGUUGGCGAUUUGUUUCGCAUCAUUCGAUAUCCUAAUGCGCCUGCUAGAGAGCUGGCUCGCGCCGCUGAAGUUUAUGAGCGCACAUUGAUUAAUAUUAGAAAGCAUGUGCAGAAAGGCAUGAAAAUGAACAACACGGUCGACUUCAAUUACAAGGAGAUUUUGUCGACAGACCACUUGGAUCUCGUUGCGCAAUUGUCUGGCUGCAUGGCACACCGACCAAAAAAGAACUGCACAGACAUGUGCUUCCAUUCAAAGUACCGCAGUAUCGAUGGCACUUGUAAUAACUUACAGAACCCAAUGUGGGGAGCUUCGCUUACUGGAUUCCGCCGAGUGUUAAAACCCAUUUAUGAGAAUGGCUUUAGCACUCCUGUCGGUUGGGAUAAAAAUGUAAAAUAUUUUGGAUAUUCCAAACCUAGUUCACGAUUGGUAUCAACCAAAUUGAUUGCCACCCAUGACAUUACACCGGAUGAUCGUAUUACUCAUAUGGUUAUGCAGUGGGGACAAUUUUUAGAUCAUGACUUGGACCAUGCUAUUCCUGCAGUUAGUUCUGAAAGCUGGAACGGUAUAGACUGUAAACGAUCAUGCGAUUACUCUGCACCCUGCUUCCCAAUUGAUGUUCCACCCAAUGAUCCACGUGUAAAAAAUAGGCGUUGUAUUGAUUUUUUCCGCUCAUCUGCAAUUUGCGGUUCGGGUAUCACUUCAGUAUUUUUCGAUCAUAUGCAACCUAGAGAGCAAAUUAAUCAACUAACUGCUUAUAUUGACGCUUCCCAAGUGUAUGGUUUCUCAGACGAACUGGCACGUGAAUUACGGGAUGUUACAAAUGACCUAGGAAAACUCCGUGAAGGUGUAUCAUUCCCUGGUAGAAAACCACUGCUACCAUAUUCCGGUGGACAAAUGGAUUGCAGACGGGAUUUAUCCGAAAGUAGUGUGAAUUGUUUCCUAGCGGGUGAUAUCAGAGCGAAUGAACAAACCGGUUUAAUAUCAAUGCACACAUUGUGGUUCCGGGAGCAUAACAGAUUAGCGAAGGAAUUGCGACAAUUAAAUCCACAUUGGGAGGGCGAUAUGAUAUAUCACGAAGCUAGGAAAAUAGUUGGUGCCGCAAUGCAGCACAUUACGUACACGCAUUGGUUGCCGAUAAUUUUAGGUCACGAGGGCAUGAAAAUGUUAGGAGCUUACGAUGGAUAUAAUCCACGCAUUAAUCCGUCAAUUGCGAACGUUUUUGCUACAGCUGCGCUACGCUUCGGACACUCAUUAAUUAACCCGAUACUACAUCGAUUAAAUUCUUCAUUUGAACCUAUUAAAGAGGGUCAUUUACAUUUGCAUAAAGCAUUCUUUUCUCCGUGGCGCAUUCUUGAUGAGGGCGGUAUUGAUCCGGUUAUGCGCGGAUUAUUUUCAGUACCAGCCAAAUUAAAGAAACCUACAGAAAAUUUGAAUACUGACCUGACAGAACGUUUAUUUGAAACUGCACAUGCAGUUGCUUUAGAUUUAGCGGCUAUCAAUAUUCAUAGAUCAAGGGAUCAUGCAAUUCCCGGCUAUGUUGAAUUCCGAAAAGUAUGCGAUAUGAGUCCUGUUGAAACUUUCGAUGACCUAGCGAAUGAAAUAACUGAUCCUAACGUACGAGAGAAAUUACGUGAACUCUAUGGUCACCCGGGUAACAUCGACGUAUGGGUUGGUGGCAUUUUGGAAGACCAGGUGGCUGGUGGUAAAGUAGGGCCAUUAUUCCGCUGUUUGCUAAUCGAACAGUUUAAUCGUUUGCGUGCCGGUGAUCGUUUCUGGUACGAAAAUCCAUCCACCUUUAAGCCAGAGCAAUUAGUCCAAAUAAGACAGUACUCACUAGCUAGAGCACUUUGUGACAACGGCGAUAACAUCACUGAUGUUACUGAAAAUGUGUUUGUGCUACCUAAACACCAAGGUGGUUAUGAGAAAUGUGACAACAUACCCAAAGUCGAUUUGAGUUUCUGGUCCGAAUGCUGCACUGAUUGCAGAUAUUCGGGACAGUUGAACACAAUCAGUCGUUUAAAUGCAAGGAACCGUAGGCAUACAUUUGAUGAAGAUAGAAUAAGUUACGGGAAUAAUAGUACUGCACCGGAAAAUCACCGGCCUGUCACAAAACCUGACGAAAAACAAAGGUUGCAAUCACGAAUUUCAUCUCUAGAAGAUAAAGUUGCACAGCUUCAAGUAACUAUAAAAAAAUUGAACAAAAUAAUAAAGAACUUCAGUAGGUCAGCAGAAAGCGACGAUGAUGCCAUAUAGUAAGCGUUUGAUGUCUAACAAAGUGUUGAUGCUAAUUUUCAAAGCAUAGUGCCAUUUCCUAAUUGUAAUAAAAAUAACUCAGUGUUUCUUUUACAAACUAGCUUGCUUAUUCGAGAGUGUAAUUGCAUAGUAGGUUAGAUCUUUUUGAAUGUGUUAUGUACAUUGUUAAUUUAUUUUAUACCAUAUUGAUUUCUUAAUAAUAAUUCUAAUGUUUAUGCAAUUCAACAUAAAAAAUAAAAAAUAAAUGUGAAAUACGUAUUAAAA